AUGGCACCAACAAAGAAGUCCAAGAAGACCGCCGACAGCAUCAACUCUCGUCUGGCUUUGGUUAUGAAGAGUGGUAAAGUCGUCCUCGGAUACAAAAGCACUUUGAAGACCCUUCGAUCCGGAAAGGCUAAGCUCGUCAUUAUUGCUGGCAACACUCCUCCUCUCCGAAAGAGUGAACUUGAGUACUACUCCAUGCUUUCCAAGACCAAUGUCCACCACUUCCAGGGCAACAACAUCGAGUUGGGAACUGCUUGCGGAAAGCUCUUCAGAUGUUCCACCAUGGCCGUCUUGGACGCUGGUGACUCUGAUAUUUUGAGCGGACAGACCUCUUAG